AUGGGGGCCUCCGGCAGCCGCCUACCCCGAGACCUCCUGGGGGAAUACCAGGUACCCUCUCCCGCCUCAUCCCUUCGCUGGGCUGCCUUCGUCCGAGUAGGGGAGGGGACCUAUGGACGUCUUCGCUGGGCUCUCUAAACCUUUCUCGCUUGGCGGGGUGGGGGUGGAGCUGAGGGGCAGAAGUUGUGUGUGGGCGUCAACUUGCCCCCCUCCAGGGGGCUUCCCUCCAGAUGUGGCGGGACUCCAGCUCAUCCCUGUUGCCCGUAGAUGGUGCAGGCUUCUGGGAGGAGUCGGAGUCCAGCCACGUCUGGAGGGCAGCCCCGGGGCGCGGGGCAGACUGGUGAGGGGGGCAUGAUGGGACCCCUCCCCCCGCUCUUCUCCAGCAGACUAACCUUCUCUCCCUCCUUUCCACCCUGUCCCGCUUUCCUAGGAGCUGACUUUCUUGACCAAGCAAGAGAUCCUGCUGUGAGUAUAUCCCCCCUCCUUCGUGAGGCUCUUUCUAGGGUGCCUGGGUGUAAGCGGUGGGGAGACAGGCUUCCCAACGACCCUGCUAUUGCUGAGCAAGCUUGCCUGACUCCCAAGAGCAUUGCAGGGGGUUGGAGUAGAUGACCCUUGGUGUCCCUUUCCGCUCCGCUCUGCAGUUCUGAUUUUAAGGUAUUUCUACUGGCACAGGGAGGGGCUGGAGAUACUAGCAAGGGUUGAACUGGGUGUCCCACCACUGAGCUGCCAUGGCCCUCCCUCUCCCCUGGGAAUGCCAAGGUCCAGUCCCCUCACCCUGGCCUCAGCCCUGGGUUGACAGGCGGACUUUGCUCAAGGGUUCAGAGGCACCUGCAGUUUCACCUGGAGGGAUGUGGCGAUGACAGUGGGAAUUCCCCAAGCUGAGUGUGGGUAGAUAAGUGAGAUGAGGAGGAGGGCAUUGCCAGACAUAGGGCAGCACAGGGAAAACAUCCUCCCCCCCCCCCACCAAAGAGAGGAGGAGCUGGUGCUGCAGGGCUGAUGGAAAGCUGGCGCCAGCUGGGCAGGGCAUCCGUCCAGGGAGGAAGGAACUUGGCUGGCAUUGCCCGCUGUCUUCUCUUCCAGGGCCCACAAGCGAUUCAGUGAACUGCUGCCCAAGGAAGACCGGGAUCAGGCUUUCACCACAAGGAUCCCCAAGAGCAAGAUUUUGAUGCUGCCUGAACUGCGGGUAUGCUGGGAGGGGAGGGGAACACCGUUUGCCUCUCAGGAGAGGCCCUGGGCAAGGUCUGUACAGGAUACAUGUAUAUUGUUCUGUGACCCGUACAGAAGACUGCAGCUGGGUGCAUCCAAGAGCUGUGGCUGGGCUGCACAUCCCAUCUAUUUGCUAGUGAGCCCAACUCAUUGUUUUGUUUUUGAUAUGUAGAGCCCUAAAGGGCCCAGAGCCCACCUCUGAAGGCAGUCUUCUCCCUCCCUGUAUUGUCCAGCCUGUGAUUUGAGAUCUGCCAGGAUGGCCAUCUUGGGGGUACCAUCACAAAACAAGGUCCUGGGUGCUGGGACUCAGGAUAGGGCUUUCUCGGUGGUGGCACCCUGGUUGUGGAACAGUCACAGCUGGUGCCUUCCUCUAGGUCUUUUGAGUUUAGGCCUGUAUAGUGAAGAGGGAGCAUGAAGGGAGUGAUCUUUGUACUAUACCAUAAGCUGCAGAUUUUUGUCCCAAUUUUUGAUUGGAUUUAUGUAGUUUUUACUGUUGGGACCUGUCCUGAAAUCAUUUAUAAUGAAAGUUGGGAUGUAAGUAUUGCAAAUAAAUCUAAUCUCUGAUAAUUGGUUGUGUAGGCUGGAGAUGAUCACUGGGGGCAGGGGACAUCCAGCAUCACUUGGAGGGCCCAACACAUUUCUCCAUCCCUGCCAUGGGUAGAUCUGUAGGGCCAGUUUGCUGGGGUGCCUUUAGCCUUCUGUUCCUUUCCACCUGCACUGGCUUUGGAUAACACACUGGAGGAAGCUCCUUACAGUCCCCCCUCCCCUCUUUGUGCUUCCAGGCAAACCCCUUCCGGCACCGCAUUUGCCACGUCUUCUCUACCACGGAUGACAGGGAAGGCGGCCUGUCCUUUGAGGACUUUCUGGACAUGUUGAGCGUCUUCAGUGACUCUGCAACGCCAGAGAUCAAAUCGCAUUACGCCUUCCGCAUCUUUGGUGAGUUCCAGCCUGGUUGGGGCUUAGUCUGCGACAGAGAAAGCGGAAGCACUUUGUUGGGAGACUUUCUGUGAGUCGAGAGUGCAGCUGUACUCUCUUUGAAAGAGCUGAAAUGCAGAGCCGCGCGGGGAUACAGAUUGGCACACAGUGUGCAAAAGGAGCUUAUGGGAUUCAAAGUCUCAAGACAGGAUGGCGCUGGCUUCCCAGCAGCUUGGUCAAAGGAUUAGAAAAAAUUGAGGAUUGAUGGCUACCAGCAGGCAUGGGUGAAGGACCCUCUCUACAUCUGGAGGUGGCAUAUCUCCUUGCUUACCCCAUGUUAGGAAGGGGUCAGUUGGGAAGUGGCUUUUAUCUCCCUUGCCUGGGCACUGCUGGACUUGAUGAGCAAUGGGAAACCCUUCUGACCCAUCUACAGCAAUUAUUAAGUUUGUGGAUGACCAUAGCUGUCAACUUACAGAUUUGAAAAUAAGGGACCAGCAGCCAAAAUAAGGGACCUGCAGCCUCACCUGUUCCAGGCACUCCAGUCUUCCUGUCCUCCUGCAGUCUAGACAAACUCAUGCUGGUAGCUCUGAGAACACUGUCCAACCAACUUUGUAACCAGAGGUUCAACUGAAUAGAAUCUGAAUCACAUGCACCACAAGGCCUAUGCAGCCUCAACUUAAGAUGGCUCCCCAGCCUGGCUUUGCACUGCAAAGUUUGCAGCAGCACGUGCAACAAAAUGGCGUCCAGCAUUCAAAAAACCCCUCAGCUUGCAUUAACUAGCCACACACAAGGCAUGCAAGCUCCACCCCCCAGUCGUUCUUAGACGACUCCACAGUUGGAGCCUCCCUCCUCCCUGGCCGGCAGGGAGGGAGGGAGAGGAGCUGCUUCCUUUGAAAUUUAAGGGACAUCAUUUAAGGGACAUCCAUCAAUAAGGGACAGCAGUGGGACAUGGCGCUGGAAUAAGGGACUGUCCCUUCAAAUAAGGGACACUUGACAGCUAUGCGGAUGACACCACCAUAAUGGGUUUAAUAACAGGUGGAGACGAAUCAGCGUAUAGAGGGGAGGUCUAAAAAGUAUCUACAUGGUGCCUAGGGAACAACUUGCACCUUAAUAUCAGCAAGACAAAGGAGAUGGUGUUGGACUUUCGGAGGAAGAGAGGAUAACUAGCCCCGCUGUACAUCGGGGAGGGCUGUGUGGAGAGAAUCUCUUCCUUUAAAUUCCUAGGAGUUUAUCUCAGUGAAGACCUUACUUGGAAAAUAAAUACAACCCAGGUGGUUAAGAAAGGCCAACAGAGACUCCAUCUCCUCAGAGUCUUGCGGAAGAACAAUGUCAAUCAACAUCUGAUGAUCUCCUUCUACCGGUCAACAAUAGAAAGUGUCCUUUCAUACUGCAUCACGGUGUGGUAUGCUGGUUUGACAUCAUCUAAUAGGAAGUGCCUACAGAGGGUGGUGAAUACAGCACAAGAUAUUAUGGGCUGUCCCGUGAAUCCACUGGAUGAAAUAGCGGAAUAACGGUGCCUCAGGAGAGUGAGGAAAAUUCUUAGGGAUGAUUCACACCCUGGCCGGCACUUUCUUGAUCUCCAGCCCUCAGGCAGAAGAUAUAGAAGCAUGAUUAGUUGCACCAACAGGGUAAAGAACAGCUUCUAUCUGUGGGCUGUUAGGCUGCUGAAAGAAAAGAUAACAACAGGGCAACUGACUUUCGGGUUUGGUGUGUGUGUGUCAGUAAACGAGGGGAAUUAAGACUAAGAGCUGAGUGGGGGGUGCUCGUGUAAUCUCACUGUAUACAAGUUGUACAAGUGACAAUAAAGUAUUUCAAUUUCAAUUCAAUUUUCAAAUUCAAUUUGAAGUAGCCUGGGCUGGCCUUUGAGUCCCCAAGGAGCACUACUAAGGCUAUUAUGGUAUAUUAUGUCUCCACGGUCAGGCAGAGUAAUGCUUCUGAAUGCCAGUAUCUGGAAGCCACAAGAGGGGAAGAGGGCUCUUGUGCUUCGGUCCUGCUUGUGAGCUUCUGUUUGGGGCACCGGGUUGGCCACUGUGAGAACAGGAUGCUUGAAAAGAUGGGCCAUUAGCCUGAUGCAGCAGGUUGUUCUUAGGCUCCUGCCUGGGGAUACCUAGGUGGUCAUUUCCAUGGAGGCAGGAAGGUGGUCUCUGCCUCUUUGACCCCCACACCAGGGAUAUAUGAGAAUCCAUGUUCCUUCAGACUUGGUUGGAAUCCCAGCACGGCCAGUGGGUGAGGGAUUACCCAGAAACAUAUUGAGGGCCACAGGUUUGAUUUUGAGUUUGAUUUUGCAGACUUGGUUCUCCAGGACUGCCCUACACGGCAGGGCUGCUUCUUCCCCCCCUUGCUAUCCCUUACAGUAUCCUUUUGUCCCUUCUCAAAAGCAGAGCAGUGGAGAAAUCUAGAAUACCCCUCAGAGCUUUGCUGAACGUGGCCUGCUUCUUUCUUAGAAGCAAAGCAGGCCGCCCCACUCCAAAUAAAAGGACCCCCGGGAGCAGGCAAGUUUGGUAAGCUCAGCAAGUGCCAAUUAAUGGUCCGUUCUCCUCCCGCACCCCCAGAUUUUGAUGAUGAUGGAACUCUUGACAAGAAGGAUUUGGAGAACCUGGUGAAUUGCCUGACGGGGGAAGGUGAGGACAGCAGGCUGAGUGCCAUGGAGAUGGACCAGCUCAUCCAGAACGUGAGUACCAGCCAAGGUGGGGCUACUGCUGCUGGGGAACUGGGUUCGAGUUCUCACCUCUCUCCCUGGGUGGGGUGAAGAGGAAGGUCAGCCCAAUCUGGGAACUGCUGCUGCUCUUGCCCCACGAGGCUCCUUUGUUUCCAUCAGAUCUUGGAGGAGUCCGAUAUCGACAAAGAUGGGACCAUCAACCUCUCCGAGUUCCAGCACAUAAUUUCCCGCUCCCCAGACUUCACCAGGUACCUUCUGCCCUUCCCUUGCUUCACUUGGGGUUGGGCUUGCUCCCUGGUUGAUCAGCUAGCUCACAGCCAGGGGUGUGUGCAUGUGUGAAUGCUUCAGGAGCCUGCUCUGGGAGUAUUCUGCCUACGAGCUCCUGCGGUCCCAAGUUUGCAAAAUCAAACUCAUUAUUCCUCCUCUUCCCUUUUCUCUCCCAGUUCCUUCAAAAUUGUGCUCUGA